CUGGUUACCGCAUAAAUUUUCGAAAAAUGUCAUCAUCGCGAAAACUUCGCGUUGGAAGCACAUAAUCUACUGUCAAAACAUAACCUCACUCUCCUCCCGGUUGUGAUUGUUUGACACUUCAACGAGCGCGUCUCUUGUAGCUCAAGUUUUGUAAUUUGAUCUCAUUUAAGAAGAAUCCGUGCUUUUUCUCACGUCAGUCAACGAAUUUUCAAUUAAUUCCUCAAACACUUUUAAUUUCACCGAAUGACUCAAAUCGAAGAAAGCUUUGUUAUAAAACGUCGUAGUAUUAUUUACAUUUCACUUAUAAGCUUGCUCUUUUGUAUUGGAAAAGUGAUCGUUCAUUGUUACGCGAUAAUAAGAAUAGACGGAUUCACCAAUGUGAACAUCUGAAACUCAAAGUCAAAUUAGUACUAUUAGCAUUUGCUGGUUCCAUUGGAAUGACAUUUGUCAUUCUUGGCUGUGCAUUACCAGGAUAUGAAGUAUGGUGGCCAUUUUUUGUUGUAUUGUUCUAUAUACUGGCACCCAUUCCAACUAUAAUAGCACGUCGUUACACAGAUGAUUCAGGCAGCAACAGUAAUCCAUGUUUGGAGUUGGCAAUAUUUAUUACCAUGGGAUUUGUGGUGUCAUCUUUUGCGCUUCCUAUUGUAUUGGCACGAUCUCCAGAAGACCAUCCAGUGAUAGAAUGGGGUGCUUGCUAUCUGACAUUAGCUGGUAACAUUGUUGUGUAUUCAACUCUAGUCGGAUUUUUCAUAACUUUUGAUCAAGAUGACACUGAUUACAAUAUGUGGUGAGACACUGCUACUUAUUCAUCAUGAUAAAAACGUUUUUUAUGAGAUUAAGGGGACAAAAUCGAUCAUGCGGUGCACUGACUGAGCGUUACAUGUUAAUUCUAAAUUACUAUGAACCUAUUGUAAACAGUUUACAUAAUAUAAACCUUUACAUGAAUAUUCUACUAUAUUCAUGUUGCAAGAAAAAGAAUAGUAUUAUAGUGCACUAACUAUAUAGGAAUAUAAUGACGCCAUAGCGCCGUAUAAUUCUGGGGUGACGAUGAAUUGACGAUAAAACUAUCGUCGGAUUCCACACGCAUUGUUACUAAAACAAAAAACAACAAAAAGCAUUCUCGAUGUUUGUAGAUUUUUUUGCGUGAAUAUUUCAGGACAACCUGAAGCGCAACAAUGCAAGGAUGAUGUUAAUAAUAUUUUUUAUUUAAUCUAAGUCUUUCGUAAUAACAUAAUGAUAAUAAAGCUACAGUUUAUUACUUUA